AUGGCCGGGGGCUUGGAGUGGAGGAGCUCUGCAACCACAACCAGAGGAGUCGAGCAGGCCAUUAUUACUCUCAAGAAAGGUGCACAUCUCCUGAAAUGUGGGAAGAGAGGGAAACCCAAAUUCUGCACUGUCAGGCUAUCUUAUGAUGAGAGAGCACUAAUAUGGCACUCCAAAGAGAGGGAAAAACGUUUAAGCUUGAAUUCAGUGUCCAGUGUAGUUCUUGGACAGAAGACUACAAAACUUUUGCGUCUGCAUUGGCCAGAAAAGGAAUCUCACUCCUUGUCAGUAAUAUACAAGAACGGCGAAUCCUCUCUAGACUUGGUUUGCAAAGAUAGAGAUCAAGCUGAAUGUUGGUAUUUAGGCCUUACAGCCCUAAUAUCAGCGCCAUGCACCCCAUUACUUCUGGUUAACUCAACAAACAGCCGUCGGAUAAACAGCUGCACGAAUAGCCCUCCUAGCUAUAUUCAGCAAAGAAAUAGGCUUUUCGCUGUGCACGAUGGAAGAAAUUUCACAAAGGUACAUUCGCUAUAUGGCAGUCCUAGGUUGAUACAGAACAAGUACUUGCACAGUAAUUUGGAUUGCUCCGAACCAUUCUUUUCUCCAAGACAGAAAGCAUGGUCAGAACUAGAUUCCUACUUGGAAAAGAUUAGUCCCGAAUUGGUAAAUCGAGUAAAAAAUAAUUUGAGAGACAUAAAAUCUGCUGAAAAAAUUAAGGACCAAAGAAUUACUCAAAUGCCUAAACUCAAACAAUCUGAGGGAUCAAAUGCAGCAACAGAUUCUCUGAAGGACAUUUUUGUCUGGGGUGAUGUUCUGGGUCGUAUGUCAGAUCAUGGACAUGUAUCAGCAACCAAUAUAUCACUUCCAAGGUUAUUGAAAUCGUCGCAGAUUCUUGAUGUGCAGAGCAUUGCCCGUGGAGAGAAACAUGCGGCAAUAGUUACUAAGCAGGGUCAGGUAUUCUCUUGGGGUGAGGAAAAUGGAGGGAGAUUGGGACACAAAACAAGUGACAGUGUCUCUGAUCCUAAGAUCAUUGACUCUCUUGCCUCCACACCUGUGAAGACUAUUGCAUUUGGGGCAAAGUACACAUGUGCAGUUUCAGUUUCAGGAGAACUUUAUGAAUGGGGUGAAGGGAUUCAUAGCCUAGGGUUCGGGAACAAUCAGUGUCAAAGAAGCCCAUGGUUCCCGCAUAAAUUGAUCAGUACUUCAGAUGGCAUAUCUGUAUCGAAGAUUGCAUGUGGUCAGUGGCACACAGCUAUAGUAUCCUCCACAGGUAAGCUAUUCACAUAUGGACAUGGGACAUUUGGUGUUCUUGGACAUGGUGACACAAUUAGUGUUGUUCAGCCGAAAGAAGUGGAGUCCUUGAGGGGCUUAAGAGCCAAGUCUGUCGCAUGUGGACCAUGGCACACUGCUGCUAUUGUGGAAACAUCAGGAACACUCAAGAGCAAUGCUCCUGGUGGGAAGCUGUUCACAUGGGGCGACGCAGGUGGAGGGAAGCUGGGCCAUACUGACAAAAAGUCAAAGCUUGUACCAACUUGUGUCGAACUACUCAUUGAUUGUGAUUUUACUCAGGUAUCCUGCGGUAUGUCACUAACAGCUGUGCUAACCAUAACAGGUGUUGUAUUUACCAUUGGAAGCAAGGAGCAUGGUCAAUUAGGGAAUCCUCGAUCUGACAACUCAUCUAUUUGUAUGGUUGAAGGGCCACUUAAGACUGAGUUUGUCAAAGAUAUAUCCUGCGGCAGCUCCCAUGUCGCAGUCUUGACAAUGAACGGAAAAGUGUUUACCUGGGGCAAAGGCACAGAAGGGCAACUUGGUUUAGGGGAUUAUGUUGACAGGAGCUGCCCAACUCUAGUGGAGGCCCUAGAAGAUAAACAGGUGGACAGUAUAGUUUGUUCUUCCAAUUUCACUGCUGUCAUUUGUGUGCACAGGGAAAUCUCAAGCAAAGAUCAAUCUGUAUGCAGCAGUUGCAGGUUGGCAUUUCGGUUUACAAGGAAGAAGCAUAACUGCUACAACUGUGGUUCCUUGUUCUGCAAUUCCUGCAGCAGCAACAAGGUUGAAAGGGCUGCCCUUGCACCAGAUAAGAGCAACAAGUGUCGUGUUUGUGAUGCUUGUUUCAAUGAGCUGAAUAAAACAGCUGAGCAUGGCAAAAUGAGUUGUGGAUCAAAGAUCCGAAAAGAAGAAUCUUAUACACCAAAGUUAUCACGAAUGCUUAAGGAAGCAAAUUUCAUCAUGGAAAAAAUGAGUUCAGCACAAAUUCCCAACCAGAGAAAUCAGGAAUCAGACACUCUGAAUCAAAAAAAAACAGAGGUGGGGACAGGGAGAAUGACUGAUCUAGUCUCACAAAAGACUACUGCCCCUUUGCCACAAGCUACUAAUGAUAGGAGGAAAGAACAAGCUUUGAUGGAAAAGAUACUGCUGGAGGAAGUGAAGCAGCUUCAAGGACAGGUAACCACUCUAGCGGAAGAAUGCCGGCAUAGGAGCCUGAAAAUUCAGUUGUAUAAACGAAAACUUGAGGAAACCUGGUUGAUAGUGAGGGAUGAGGCUACAAAGUGCAAAGCUGCAAAGGAGAUUAUAAAGGUCUUAACAAAUCAGAGGAAUGCUUUAUCAAAUAAACUUUUAGAUGAUCUGGAACUAGGCGGUUCCAGUAUCUUGCCUGACCCACCCGACAAAACUCUCGUCACUGGCAAAAUUCCACUGCUAAACAGCAUCAGGGAUCAACACAACAUAGAAGAAGUGGAUAUGCAAUCUGCAACAUCUUCUAACACUGUUGUGGUGGAUGACUCAGCUGUGCAUCAGAAUGGCAGAAGAGCCUCCAAUAGCAGCAGAGGGUAUGAUGGGGGAACAGAUAGCACAGUUGCUCCUACUGACUCCAAUGGAGUGAUUGAGCAAAUUGAGCGUGGGGUGUACAUUACAGUCGUUACAUCCCCAAGUGGUAAGAAGGGAAUCAAGCGCAUCCGGUUCAGCCGGAAGCAUUUUGGGGAGGCUGAGGCACAGAAAUGGUGGGAAGAGAAUGAGAGCAGGGUAUUUGCAAAGUACAACAGCAUGGAAUACUUGGCAGUAUAA